UACCGACCUUCCUUCUUCCUUUUUCCUAUCCCCAACCUGUCGUUCACCUGUUCUCCGUUCGUUGUCGCGAAAGUCUAUCGCCUCGUCUGCUUGCGUGCUGGGUAGGGCUGGAGGAGGUUGCUGCCGCUGUGUUUGCUACUGUAUUGCUUGCCGGGAUUCGCAAACAGAAUACACCAGACGGAAAAGAAAAGCCCUUCGACGCGAUUUACACAAGCUUGAGCUCGAGCCCGAAUCACCAGGAUGAUGCGCUUCAGUUGCGAUGCGAUGCGAUCGCGCAUAUGGAGUGCGAUAAUCUUUGCGUUGAGCGCUUCGACGAUGGUACUGGCACAGAACGUGGAGAACUUCACUGGAUCAUUACAAAUUGUCAAUGGGCAAGGGACAUACAGUGGGACGUCUGGCGGUGGUAAUAGUGGGAAUGCAGCCGGGUCUCCAGCAGUGCAGGCGCAAUGUCCAGCGAACUACCCUGUCAGCUGUACAAACAUACAACAGCCUUACUACUGCUGUCCAGCCGACAACUACUGCUCUUGGGCAAAUAGCCAGGUCGCCUGCUGUCCGAAUGGCAAGACGUGCUCAGGCUACGCGCAACCGACUACCACUGUGUAUCAGCAGCAGCAGCCUACAACUGUAGUGGUGGCCCCGGCAGCCGUGACUACGUACUACCAGCAACCUCAGACUACAGUCGAGAACCAAGGAUACGCGGGACAGUAUUGUAAGACGCUGGUUGCGGUAGGGCCCGGGCUACCAACUACAGAAGCAGGAGAUUGUGGCACCAUAUUGAUUGUCGAGGCGGACGCGAUACGAGCAGCUGUUGUAAAUUGGAUGAAGGCGAUUGGCAUGGUCGUUGCGUUGCAGCUGUUGGGCGGCAUUGUGCUCAUGAACCGAUGACAGGAAGUUUGGCCUUGAGAGUUCUGAAGCUUUGCAUCAUACGACAGUUACGCGACCACGAAGACAUACGGUUCACACCAGAAACGGCAAUUUGUUCCUAUUCCCUAGCCCGUUAAAGAGCUUGGACAGGCAUCAUGAAGCUGGAGCUUGAGCACCUGCGUGGGUGUUAUAUUGCUCCGACCAAGUCUCCGGCCAUGGGCUCUUCAAAUUCAGAUACAUACCAUCUUCUUCAACCUUCUACUUACCACAGUCUCAUAC